ACACUAUCCACGGCACUACCUACUUCACCCCAGCGAGAUUGUACCGAACCUGUAUCUCGGUGGAAUGAGCGCAGCCGGCAACCUCGCGGAGCUCGAAGCGUUGGGGGUCUCGCACAUACUCAACGUGGCGAAGGAGUGUGACAACAGCUUUGGCGACCAAUUUGUGUAUCUGCAUAUCCCAUUGGAAGAUACCGAACUGCAGCCCAUGGCCAGCGCGUUUGACCAGAGCAUCACGUUCCUGAGUGCUGCUGAGAAGGAGAGUGCAGUCUCUCUGG